UCUCCGGCUCGGAGCGCGCGCGCGGGCGCGCGGGGGGGUAAUUCAGUCGCUCUCGCGCGCUGCCGCAAGGACGCUGGCUCCGCGCGCUCGCCUCGAAACCGGAGUAAAACGCAGCUUUUAUCCACUUUUGUCGGAUGUUGAGCGAAGGUCAAUGUCUCCGUGGACUCGGUCGGACAGCUCGCCCUGAUAUUUCUGAGAAAUGCCCGUUUCUACGCGGCGCCACAGAUAGACUCCAGCGGACCGAAGCUCUCCUCAUCUCACCAUGACCUUCUUCAGCUCUUUAUUUGCCCUCCUCUUCAUCAGCAGGUUUCUGGAGAACUCUCUGCUCAGCGCCGAGGUGAAAGAGGGAGAGAUUCUUCCUCCGACCAUCCAGAAGCUGAUGAAAGGAUACAACAAAUACCUGCGGCCUUUCUUUGACAAUGGUCCCGUCACGGUGGGCAUGAGUUUAGACAUCGCCAGCAUCGAUACCAUAUCAGAGAUCAACAUGGACUACACCGCCACCAUCUUCCUCCGGCAGCGCUGGACGGACGAGCGGCUGGUGUUUGAAGGGAAUAAGAGUUUAAGUCUGGACGGCCGUCUGGUGGAGCUGCUGUGGGUCCCGGACACCUUCAUAGUGGACUCCAAGAAGUCCUUCCUCCACGACAUCACAGUGGAGAACCGACUGAUCCGGAUCUUUCCCAACGGAACCGUUCUCUACGCGCUCCGGAUCACCACGACUGUGGCCUGUAACAUGGACCUGACCAAAUAUCCCAUGGACAAACAGACGUGCACCCUGCAGCUGGAGAGCUGGGGUUAUAACGUCAAUGACGUGAUGUUUUACUGGGCGCGUGGGAACGACUCUGUGAGCGGUCUGGACACGCUGAGACUGGCUCAGUACACCAUCGAGGAUCAUUACACCUCCGAAUCUGAGGCCGUAUACGAGACGGGAAAUUAUCCCAAGCUGAUCUUUCAUUUCGAGCUGAAGAGGAGCAUCUUGUACUUCAUCCUGGAGACGUACGUGCCGUCCAGUCUGCUGGUGGUUCUGUCCUGGGUCUCUUUCUGGAUCAGCCAGUCAUCCGUCCCCGCUCGCAUCUGCAUAGGUGUGACGACAGUCCUGACGAUGACCACACUGAUGAUGGGUGCCCGGACGUCCCUGCCCAAUGCCAACUGCUUCAUCAAGGCCAUCGACGUGUACCUGGGCAUCUGCUUCAGCUUCAUCUUUGGAGCGCUGAUAGAGUACGCCGUAGCCCAUUUCUGCACACUGCACCACCCCGACUGCAACAACGCACUCAUGUACGGUCAUCACAUGCAUGAGUGUGAGGAGGAGAUGAACGGCAUCGUCACCACCAUCGCCAGCAAUUCUUCACGGCUAAAGCGGCGCAAAGACUCUCCGGCUCCGGCACCCACGCCCGCCGCCGGCGGAGAGCCUGGCCUCGCGCCCUCCAGCCCGACCACCAGCGAACCCAAGACUGCAGAGGCCCCAGCGGAGCUCCUUAGCCGCUGUGCCAAAAACAUCUCCAUCCUGAGGAAGAUCCUGAAAUCCAUUAACUGCUGUCAUGUGGAAAACCCACAUUAUAUAGACAACUACUCACGGUUAACCUUCCCGCUGUCGUUCAUCCUCGUUAAUCUGCUCUACUGGACCUACUACCUGUACUUUUAAGUAACAUAUCAUGCUGAAUCCUUUCUGUGUGUUAGUAAGUAAGAUGUGUGUGUGUGUGUGUGUGUGUGUGUGUGUUUAAAAGACCAGUAGAGAGUUACGGUUGCCCCAAUAUUAAAUUUCUCAGCCAAUACCAGUACCCGGUUAUGGAGAAUGAUGUUGGCCAAUAACGAUGGCUGAUUAUUCCGAAUGAUAUCUGUCGAUACAAGUAAUGAUUAUUCAAUAUACCAAAUGCCGAAAACGGCUGCUAAUUAUUUCAGAAUGAUAUAUGCCGAUACCGAUAUCAGAUUUUUCAGAAUAUCUGCCGAUACCAGCAGUGGUUUUUCUGAACAAACAAUGCUAAUAUCAAUCACCAAUUAUUCAGAAUUAUAUGUGCUAAUACAAUUAUUCAUAAUAUUUGUCAAUACCGAUAACUGAUUAUUCAAAGUGGUAUCUUCCAAUAUUGCUAAUCGAUUAUUCAGAGUUACAUCAGCCAAUAGAAUUAUUCUGAAUGAUAUCUUCCGAUAGCAGAUUAUUCACAAUGAUAUCUAGCUAUCCGAUUAUUCAGAAUAUUAUCUGCUGACACAGAUACCGGUACUGCUAACCGAUUAUUCAGAAUGAUGUCUGCUGAUACCGAGAAAAAUCAGAUUUUUCAGAAUAUCUGCCGAUACCAGCAGUGGUUUUUCUGAACAAACAAUGCUAAUAUCAAUCACCAAUUAUUCAGAAUUAUAUGUGCUAAUACAAUUAUUCAUAAUAUUUGUCAAUACCGAUAACUGAUUAUUCAAAGUGGUAUCUUCCAAUAUUGCUAAUCGAUUAUUCAGAGUUACAUCAGCCAAUAGAAUUAUUCUGAAUGAUAUCUUCCGAUAGCGAUAGCAGAUUAUUCACAAUGAUAUCCACCUAUCCGAUUAUUCAGAAUAUUAUCUGCCGACACAGAUAUCGGUACUGCUAACCGAUUAUUCAGAAUGAUAUCUGCCGAUACUAUAGAUUACUGGAAAUCUGAGUUUGGUUUCACUUAUGGCUAAGGAGGACGAACAGACUAAAUCUUCUAGAUUAAUAGCCAACAGCCAAGUUAAUAUAAACCAGUAGUCAAGUAGUCAUUGUUUUAGACUGUUGUUGUGAGUAAUGCAGCCUUUUUGAAAUAUUGGCCAUGAUGAAGUUGUUAAAUGCUGGUAAAUGGUAAUGUAAUUGACGUUACAGCAAUAAUAGCAAAUAAUGACGGAUUACUGGGACUUUGCUGACAUCCCCCAAAUCACUGUAGGUUUUAUCACAAGAGGAAAAAAAUGGGAUAAUUUUAGUAUUUGAAAGUGUGUGAAUGUGAUUGUUAGAAACGGUCAUCUUAAUCUGCAUUUGUGUGUGUGUGUGUGUGUGUGUGUGUGUGCGUGUGUUCAUCAUCAUUGGCUGGACGUCACUGAAACAGUACAAUGCAGUAAAAUAUUCUCAAAAAGUCCUAACAAGUCGACAUCCUAAAGGCGUAGUUCGUUCAAAAGGGGAAACCAUGUUGUUUACUCGCCCUCACGUCCACUAAAAAACCUCUAUGACUGUUUGAAUCUCACUUCCGUUUGCAGUCAAUUCAAAUAUGACAGCAGUUCUUUACACAACCCGCCUCAUCCUUGAGGUUAGAUAAUAUUAUCGACAACAUUGAGUAAAGUGUGCUAAUGUUUUACAAAGCUACAAACAAAAAAAUUGCUAUUACUUUGCUAUUAGAGCCGAUAUAAUAGCGUUGAAGUUCUUUUACGUUUUUCGGGUACAAUGAAAUUUGAGGUUACACUUGAUUUUUAUAUUCUUUUUAUAGUCCUAGACGUUCUACUAACUAUAAGCGACUUUGUAACUACAUGUCAACUAAUUUUCAUUAAUUUGCAAUUACACGUCUGCUAACUUAGGUUUAAGUUGACAUGUACCCAAAAAGUUUGGACCCGGCAAAAUAAAGCGUUACGGUAUUAGGCAGACCGUCUACUAAUACUCUGCUAGUUGACGUCUAGUUGGAAAAUGGCUUGCUGUUAGUAGAAUUUCUAAAUAAAAAGCGGUAGUUUACUGUUAUCUUAGGUGAAUGUGUAAAUACGGUGUAAUGCUGCACGUUUCCUUUCAAUAAUAAAGACGGCAACGGCAAAAAUGGAGAAAACAGAAGUUCAUCCUGUAGUGCACGUCUACUGUUUAUUUAGUUUGUCAUUCUAAUAAUCCUUCGGUAAAUCGAAUAUCAAAAUAACCGUCUACUGUAGCCCUAGUUGACCUUUAAUCCGGUGCAAUUAGUCAUAUUUGAAUUAUGCACAGGAGCGAAUGAGAUUCGAGAGCUGCUGGACACCUGAGGGUCAGUAAAUAGUGAUUUUUAGGUGAACUAUCCCUUUAAGCUCAGUCUCUUUUAGUCCAUCACGGUGCGUUUUCGUUCGCUGUGUCUGUGUUUUCCACACCGUAAUGCCUCGAAUGCGUCUUCCUCGCGUAUCUGUGCUUCUCGAGUUCGAGUUGCAGGGCAGACAGAAGCCAUCUCUCCCCGUUUACUGCUUCCAUAAAUCCUCUGGCCUUGGCCGCUUCUCUUGCACACCACAGGAUCGAUGGCCGUGUAAACUCUUCAUGCGGCGUGGCUUUGAAGAUUCAGAGGUGUUUGCGGACUCCGGACCGAUCCACUGAACUUCUUGGAGACGUGCAUCUGCGCUCCGAAGCUCUCGUCGCGAACCGGACCGAACGCUUUGGGUUAGGAUUUUAACUGAUGUGUUUUCUGAAGCUUUGUUUAAGACAGGCAUCACUUUUCUAAGAUGCGAGCGCUCAUUGUUUAUUUGAAUGGAUGGGUUUUUCUUUCUGGAUCACGUAACGGUUUUUUUUCCCCUUUGGGAUUGUUGAUGCUCUUAAAUGGAUCGGCUAUUUUUGUAACUUUUAAUUGGCUUAAUUGAGAUGUUUUGAGCGUUUGCCGUCGGCAUGCAGUCGGAUCCUUAAUUUCACGUCGAAUGCCUUCCGUUGAAAAGUUGAAACUACGAAGUGCUUGAUUUUCAAUUUAAUGCAUGUUUAGGGUAAUAUUUAUUCAGUGUAAUAAUACAUUAAUAUGGACAUGUAAAUUAAUAUUCACUGGACUACUUUGUGUUGUUUAUAAUUUGCUACGUUUAGAUUUAAUGCAAUAACUUUGUCAUUUACUAUAUAUGCAUAUCAGGCUUAUUGUCUUUAACUAAAACUAAAACCAUUAAAAAAAAGUACUUAAAAUG